GCCGGGCGGGAUGACGCGUCCCUCGGCACAGCCGCCGCCGCCGCCCCGCCGCCGCCGCCCGCCUCCGGAUGGGGAGGUGAAAGCGCCCCUUGGUGCCGCCGGGAGCUUCACGCCCCGGGGUCCCGUCGAGCGGAGCCCGUUCGGGUCCGUGAGCCCCGGCUCUGGGCAAGCAAAGCCCACCCCAGCUCCCGGAGGGGAGAGCGUGGCCCCCAGAACCGGCGGUCAUUAGUGAUGAGCGGGUAUGGGUGGAGGGGAAAGCGUUGCAGUAGCCUGGAACUGAGCUUGUGCUCUGUGCUGUGAGGCUUUGCUCUAGGGAAAGUGGAACAGAUCAUAAGAACACUCAGAUUUAUGUUAUUAGUGCUUGAACCACCUAUUUCUGCUUAAUGAAAAUUUGCCCUGUUCACUGAUUAUUGGGGAAAAAUACUUCCAACCUUUUAAUUUCCACAUGCUUAAAAGAAAGCUAGGAAUUAACCAUUUUAUAACUUCCAGAGUGAUAUUCAUCAGGAGAACAGUUUUACUGUGGUUACCAGUGAGUGAAUUCUCUGUCCUUUGAAUCCCAUAAAGCAAAACUGACAUGCUGUAGUUGAAGCAAUUCAAGUACUGAUGGAGAAAGCCAGGAAUAUGAUCCUAAUGGCUUUCUUCUCUCUAUCAUCCGUGAAUCAUGAGUAGGUAUUUAAGUCUGUUCAUAUAUUGCUGCAACACCUUUUGAAAAGUGCUUUUACUGAAAGUAAUUUUUUUCUAACUGGCAGGUUACUGUUACCUCAUUGAACUCCCAGACUUGUGCUCCAUGUGUGAAUUUGCUAAUGAACACUGACUCUUGCCACAGACUUUUAUAUGUCUCUAAAAGAUUAUCGAACCAUAUUAGUUUUGACCUUAGGUGCUGCUUCAGUAUCUCCCACUUCCUUCUCUCCCAUCUGCCAUUCUUAUCAAAAAGGAUUAAGACAUGCAAAAUUGGAUAUUUUAUGUGGAAAUGGAGAAAAAAUAAGGAGAGGAACAAAUUCUUAUAAUCUUUUUUGGGUACAAUUUAAGAGAAAAAAUAAACAUAUGAAAUAAGCAAUACUUAACAGGGGUAAUGCACAGGAUAAAUAAGUAGCUAGAACAGCAUAUUGGUCCAGUUAUCCAGACAGUGCAAUAUAGCAAAGUGUUUCUAGAGUUUUAACAAACUAAUGCAUUACUGCAUGUUAACAACCAUUAUAAUAAAGAAAACUUGCAGCUUAUCUUCCUUUCUAACACAGGUUUAAGGGACUAAAAUGACAGAUGAAUACCCAGUCUUACUGAAGCCCCAGCUGGAAAUGCUGCCUUUAUUAUAGGAAGUGUUUUCCAUUUCCUUGUGAUUUGCAAUACUCAGUCAAAGCCACUGACAACUAAAUAAAUCCAGCUACAGAAAUUCAUGUCCACAUAAAAAUUUAUUUAAGAAAAAUGUAUUUGCAGUCUUUGCUUCUGAGUGUAGUCCAAGAUUACUUCCCUCUGCAAUCCUUUGGUUAUGGAACAAGAUACAGAGAAUGUCUUGUUAGAUUAGAUGUAUUAUGACUUCUCAGUCUAGGGCUAGGACAGAGCUGUUGCUGUCACCAUUCAUGCUGCCAGCUGGAUGUAAACUCACUGUCACCCUCCUCUUGUUAAACACGUCCCUAUAAAACAGGGCAGCUUUACUGUGGAGAACUACAAGUGAUAUUUCAGUAAUUCUGCAUUUCCACAAUGGUGGGAGACCACCUGAAAUAAAUCCACUCAUAUUUAAAAUCCGUUAUAAAAUCUAAGUGACACUUGCAGGGGAAAAUUUUGGAACUCUGGCAGAUCGGAUUCAUGGGCUUAAAGUAGAAGGGAUCAAGAAGGGGAAUCAUUCCUACCAUGUGUGGAAGCCUGACUAACUAUGUGAGUUUGAAAUGCUGUCAUGAAAUGCUGGGAUGGGCCAUGCCAAGUGACUGCAUAGCAAGUAGCCACCUUGCGUAAGAGUUGUUGAGGGGCUGAUACUGAAGUACGUGCCAUCCGAGGUGAACAGGGACCUGUCAUGAUCCAUGCGACACUCACACUGUUACAGCACAAUGGAUCUGACCAAAAGAUUAGUAUUUCCUGAUACCCUGUUUCCAACAUUAACCAAUACCUUAUGUUUAGGGAGGAGUAUAGGAACGGUAGAUGAGUUAAAUAUUUAUCCAAAUGUUUGUGUAAAUAUUUCUCUGAAUGUUUAUGCGCUCUCUGAAUCUGCCUCUGAGUUUUUCUCAGACCCCUCUGCUUUGUUGCUUGGGCCCUUCCUUAGCCAGAACUCAUGUCGCUGUACAGCGUGCUUGCUAUGGCCUAUGGAGAAUGAAAGAACUCAGUAUUUUUUCCCAGUAUCAUCAGAUGAGAAGUUAAACUAAAAUUGUUAUAAUUUUUGGGUUUUAUUUUUACCUCUCAAAAUAGUCAUCCAUAGCUCUGGUUAUGUCUGUGUCUAUAUUAAAGAAUUUUUGUACUUUCUUAGUCUUUGUGGAUUGAAACCUGAAGUUUUGAAUCAUCUUGCUAGUAUGAUGUCUUUAUAAAUGUGGUAUAGCUCUGAAAGGUUGAGAGAGUUGAGGUUGUCCAGUAUGGAGAGGAGAAGGCUCCGGGAUGACAUUAUUGCAACCUUUUGGUACCUGAAGGGAGCCCACAAGAAAGCUGGAGAGGGACUUUUCACAAGGACCUGCAGUGAUAGGACAAGGGGGAAUGGCUUUAAACUGAAAGAAGGUGGGUUUAUAUUAUAUAUUAGGAAAAAAUUCUUUACUGUGAGGGUGGUGAGACACUUGCAUACGUUGCCCAAAGAACCUGUGUUUGCCCCAUCCCUGGAAGUAUCCAAGGCCAGGUUGGAUGGAGCUCUGAGCAACCUGGUCUAGGGGAAGGUGUCCCUGCCCAUGGCAGGAGAGUUGGAAGUAAAUGAUCUCUAAAGUCCUUUCCAACAUAACAUUCUAUGAUUCUAUGAUAAAGGAACGUUUAGUACACUCUUCUGAAAAUCUUAAUUAUAUAAAUAUGGAUUUAUUGUGUGGAAGGAACUGCGCAUGCCUUGGGUUAUUGUACAGAGUCUGGGCUGACGGUGGGGAUCAACCAACCACAGUUUAGAAGUUUAUUUUUCUUUAAUCUCAAUUUACAUUCAAUUUAAAUUUUGUAUCAAAUUCUAGUAUGAUUAAAAGACACUGUUACUCUCUUUCUUUUACAUUGGAAGGGUUAUUAGUUGGUAUAAUUGUUCAGCUUCCUCCCCCCCCCCAAAAAAAAUAUAAAAGUAAUCCAACAUCCUCAAGUGUGCUAGUUAAAUAUACCUGCCUCUGGAAGCCAGGAGCAUAGAACACCCAUCUUUCAGCACUUUGCCACCUGAUUUUUAAAGAUCACUUCUCAACACUAUUGAAAACAUAAUAGUAAUGGUAACUUCAGUUGGACAGUCACAAACAGAAGCAUUCAGAUCACUAGUCAGUCCUGAAAUCAAUGAGUUGAGGGGCUGUGAAAAGUGUAAAACUGAUGGGCAUAGGUUCUGUUCCUUUACUCAUUCAAACCUGCAACCCAAACAGUGGCUUCAGUGCCAAGUUCAUCAUGUAAAUAACAGUAAUUAACGGUAGAGAUGCAUGAGGAUUUAAUAGUAAAAAUAUGGAGUCCCUGCUAGUGAAAAGUCUGAUGGAUUGGUGGUUUUGGGGGUUCCCUCAAUUCAAGUCAAUCCUCUGAAGGUAGCAAGUCAUUCUCCAUCCUUUUCCAAGUAAAGAGAUAAGAGUGUAAUGUUUACAUAACAUUAUAAUAUUUAUGUCUAAAGAUAUUUUUGAUAAUCUAAGAACACUGACAAGUGAAGAAGCAAAGAUAUUCUGUAAAGAAAAAUACUCUACUAAAUUAUUUACGAUGGAUGGAUAUUUUUAGAAUUCUAAUUUGAAAUGUAUCCAUUCUCUUUCUUUUGUAGGUGGCUGGUAUUAGGUAUUGCCAUGGUGCGGUUUUAUAUACAGAAAGGAACACAUAGAGGCUUAUUCAGAAGCGUUCAAAAGACGCUUAAAUUUUUCCAGACAUUUGCUUUGCUUGAGGUAGUCCACUGUGCAGUUGGAAUAGUUCGCACAUCUGUGCUUGUCACUGGGGUCCAAGUGAGUUCAAGAAUCUUCAUGGUGUGGUUCAUUGCACAUAGUAUAAAACAGAUCCAGAAUGAGGAGAGCGUUAUUCUUUUUCUGGUGGUAUGGACUGUGACAGAGAUUACUCGAUAUUCCUUCUACACAUUCAACCUGCUCAACCAUUUGCCGUACUUCAUUAAAUGGGCCAGAUACAACUUUUUUAUCAUUUUGUAUCCUGCUGGAGUUGCAGGUGAACUGCUAACCAUAUAUGCUGCUUUACCCUAUGUGAAGAAAACAGGAAUGUUUUCACUGAGACUUCCCAACAAAUAUAAUGUCUCCUUUGACUACUAUUACUUCCUUAUUAUUGUCAUGUUCUCCUAUGUGCCAUUAUUUCCACAACUCUACUUCCACAUGCUGCGGCAGAGAAGAAGGGUGCUUCAUGGAGAAGUGAUUGUGGAAAAGGACGAUUGAAUCAAGAUGUGUAACUAUGGUGCUUUUAGUGGAAAACAAAAAAGAGGGUAAAACCUCAAUAUUUCCUGUGAUUUUUCUGAGUCCAAGUUUUAAAACAUGGAACAAGAAUAAACAACUGUGCAUAAAAUAGCAUGGAUUCUAUUAUUUUUACAACUGAUAUAUUUUCAGACCUAUCUUUUCAUCCUCGGUUUCGCUUUGGUUUUUAAUUGUCUAAUUCUUCAAACAAAUUAUUUUCUUAUUUUCACAAAUAGUUUUCUUGGUUUCACAAAUAGCUUUAAGAAUUGGAAUAGUUGGCUACUGUGCCCUCUGUUCAGAAAGUUGUGUUAUAACCUGUAGUCAUCAUCAAGAACAGAAGGAGAGUUGAUAAGUUGUACUGAAAGUGAGUCUUCUGGAAAACAGCAGAGUGUAAAUUGGGUAAUUGUGUUUUUCGUAGUCUAGGUGGCUUGAAUGUUAUUUAAGCUUUUUAUUAAAUAAUACCUUUCCUGUUAUAAGUACUGUAGCACAUUGUUGAACAAUCUUUGAGUUACAGUAGGACUUUGGAUAGCAGCUAAGUCCUUGAUUGUCAGUGCAAAUUUGGAUCUCCCUGUAUUUUCAUUUGUAAUUUACAGAUAAGUAGAAUAACAGAUAUCAAAUUAAGUGUUUAAAAGUUUGUGCUGAGGAGUAGACUUGAUGUGCCUACCUUUCUCUGAUCAGUGGCUGGAAUGGGACUCAUUUGCAGAGAAAGUCUGACUAGCAUUGUGUUUGCUAUUCUACACUUAAAUUAUGUAUGCAGAAAAAUCUCAGUUUUGCAUUUAGAAACUGUAGCUAUAGUGAGAUAUUUGACUUCGUAUAAAUAGCUCUAUGGGAUAAAAUAUAUUUGAAAUAACGUCUUAAAAUAGAAAUUGUGCUUUGAAUCAUCCCAUUGUGCAAUUUUAAUUGCUUCCUUUCCAUUAAUUGUUUAUACUGUGUUGACCUAAUUCUAUUCAAUGUCUCCAAUAAUCUGCAAGAAGGAUCUGCAGUAUAUUAAUGAAAGUUACAGAUGAUAUUGCAUUAUAUGAUACCUGAGUGGGAGAGGUCCAACAAAUUAGACAGUGCCUAAGGGAUUCAAAGAAAAGGUAAUGCAUUUGAGGAAACUUGGAUACUUAGUGAGAGAGAGAGAGAGAGAAGAUUGAAAUGUAGUAAUGUGGUAAGCAGCUUUGAUAAUGUAGGCAACAAAAUUGCUUCUGGCAUCACUAAUGUCAAAAGAAGAGUAUAUAUGCAGACGAGCUGCAUUAGGCAGCUAGAAAUCAGAAUAUUUGUGGUUGCUGAGGUGAUAUCUGGAGUACAGUCUUAUAUUUUUGGGUACCUCAAGAAUUGAGACAAUCUUUUGAAAAGUCACAGAACAAAACCGUGAUUAGUUUAAGUGAGAAAGAAGUCGGAAAGAUUGAGUCAUUAAUGUGUAUAAUUUUUUGUUUUAUGAGAAAUAUAUGUAAAGGAAGAGGCUUUCUAAGUAUAAUGGUGCAACUGGAAUUGAUUAUAUGAAUUUGAAACAAGGUGAAUAGCCAAUGAAUGUCAGGAGAAAGAUCCUACUGAUGAGAUCAGUUAGGCUAUGGAAUGACACAGUAGUGCUUAUCAAUGCGUACAAUUUCUUGGAAGGUUUUCAUUUAUAUUUCGCAAGAGUUUGAGCUACGUACUUGCAGAGGCAGUUUCCAUUUUUAGGUUCAAUGAUUCUGUGGUAAUACAGCUUUUUUGAAAUUUGUAGCUGCACCUUUUUCUGGUGUAUCAGGUAGUUUGAUAAAAAAAGCAAGGAUUUGCUAUAUCCCUAACUUUCAAAUUCCAUUUUGUGCCUUAAAUUUGUGAUAUUUAUGUCUAUCUUCAUUACACGUAAAUGAGUUUCCUUUUAAGCAACAGGUGCAUAGUGGACUUGAGAUAGAAGAGUUGUAUUUUUUGCAGUUUUAAAAGGUGGAAUCUUUGUAUUCUUUAAAACAAAUUUCACACAAGGUGCUAUAAUUUAACUUACUACUUCUGUGUUUUGUAUGUAGCUAAAAUUAUUAAAGGUUUGAGAUAUAAACUGUAUUUACAACACUGAAUCACAAAAUGGUUGUGUUACACAUAUUCAGACUAGCAGUUGUAUUUGUCCAAAGUUCUUAGAGUACUGUUUUAUAAACUCCACUUGCUUUUUGAUCCAUGAGGAACAUCAUGGCAUUUUUCAGAAGUAUAUCUCAGUUAGCAAGCAGAAUAGUGUGAUUAAAUAUAACUAACUAAGAUUAGUUCUGUGCCUUUUUUACUGUCAGGGCAGCUCACUGAAGACCAUAGCUAUCAAUUAAUUGAAAAUGCAUUGGAUACUUUAAGGGUGUGAUUUUGAAAUCCUUGGUCAGAUGAGUGUAUCCCACAGAUACUAUUCCUGCAAUAAAAGGAAUACUUGCACUAUAAUACGGUAUUAUAUUUUUUUUCAUUGUGUCCUAAGGAUAUUAUACAUCCAUCAAGGAGCUAUUUUUAUAUCCUUUUGUACAUGUGACAUGAAAAAAAUACAGCACUGUUUGCUAAAAUCUUGAGUUGCACUUUCAUAGAGCAACAGUGUACAAGGUAAUGAUACAAUUUAAAAACUGAUUUAAAGCUACAAUAUAGUCAUGAUAAAUGAGUACAAAUAAAGCUAAAAAUUACUUACAGUAUCACAUUCAGCGUUUCAUAGACCAGAGAGAUUGACAUGUAGAUUAUUUGACAUGGCAUGUACUUUAAAAAAAAGUAAGCAACAUGUAUCUUUUCUUACUCUUCUUUUUUGACUGAAACCUUUUGCUGAAGCCUCCAUGUAUACCUUUUCAUAGAAUCACUAAGAUUGGAAAAGACCUGCAAGAUCAUCAAGUCCGACCUUUGACCAAACACCACCAUGUCAACUAGACUACAGCACUAAGUGCAAUGUCCAAUUGCUUCUUGAAUGCUUCCAGGGAUGGUGACUCCACCAUCUCCCUGGACAGCCAGUCCCAAAGUCUGACUACCCUUUCAGUGAAGAAAUUCUUCCUGAAGUCCAACCUGAACCUCCCCUGGCGCAGCUGGAGGCCUUUUCCUCUUUUCCAGUUGUUAGUUGCUAUAUUGUUAAAAUAUCUUCUGAAAGAUAGUGAGAAUUGCAAGUCAAAUCCUCUUGCUAUUGACUUCAGACUUCCUAGGUAGCUUACUUAAAUUUCAGUAUAACAGCUUGUUAAAUAGACAUUAAAAUUAAGUAUGAUUUUCAUAUGGUGCUCUCUUUCCAACUUCUUUUUUACACUUAUCUUUUUUGUCUUAUUCUCUGCAAUAUUCCUAGUUUUCUAAAGCAUUUAAAUCCUCCUGCUUAUGUAAGAUUAGAAAUGUAUUCAAACAUAAGCAUCUCUACUGUUUUCAUGUAGUCUUUAACAAAUUGUUUUCUUACCUGUGCUAUACAUGUUUUCUGAAAUGAAUUCAUAUAGAGCAUGGCCUUAUGAAGCUUUUCUAAUGACAUUACACAGGAAUAUGCAUUUGGAAGGAGAUUCCUAUUCAUCAGGUCACCUUGCCUACUAUUGGUAGUAAUGGAAACACACCACCCUUCAUGUAAAAUCCAGCUAAAAGCCAUUGGAUUUCUUGAGGUUCUCCCCAGCACUCUCACAGCGUUCCCAUCGUGAAAGGCUGUUUUGAGACAGAUUGAGGUGGCUUGUGUCAUCACAACUCUGCCCAGAAUGUCUGGAAGCCAGAUCCUGGCCUCAGGGCAAGGACAGCAGAAAGGAAUAUGAUGCUGAGAUAUUGCAUCUCCUGCAUUAGCUGCCAAGGGGUCACUGGGGCCAUUGUGAACAGUAGCUGAUAGAUGUAAUUUCUCUCACCACGCAGGGUGUGGGAAGAGAGGAAGCUCAGUGUGCUCUCAUACCUUUUGCCUAGGAAGCUCAGGAGAUCAACUGGGAGGAUCUCUGUGAUAAAGGGUGUGUUGCAGAAAGGGCUUUCCUGCUCCACUCAGCUAUCUUAUUACUAUCUAUUAGCCUAUAUAUCUUGAGAUAUGCUGGUAUGCCAAGGUGGGUGUGCCACACUGCUCUCAGUCAUCUAGUUCAAAAUUAACUGCCUUGGAUAAAUGGUGCAGCAUGCUGCUUCUAAUUCCCAUUGAGCAUAACAUUUAGCCAGCUUCAUGUUAAUGAAUAGAUUGCAAUGACUAGUUAAUAGGUAGGUGUAUGAAGACUUUUUCUGUGACCAGAUGGAACCUACCUUUCUUAUUCAGAUAAAAUAUUUUAAAUCUAGGUUUAGCUACUGCUCUGACUGUGGUACUUGCAGUCUUCACAGUAGCUUACUUCAGUGGAUAUUUGGAUAUUUAUGUGAUUAGUAAAUAAACUAUAAUGAAAACAAGUUACAAACAUUAUAAUAAUUUAUAAUUUAAGGUAGUUGCUACAUUAACACUUUUUUGUGAAUUCAGUUCUUACUUAAUCUCCCUUAGAAAGAAAAAAAUUAAGGAAAGUUAAUACAAAUAAGUGUUCUGCACUAAGAAGUAGGGCUUCAUAAAUCAAAAUUUUCAUGCAGGCAAACUGGCCGCAGUUCAUAAAGGAUCGGUUAUGUGUUUUUGAACAAAAAGGUUGAAAGCUUUUCUGAAAAUUAAAAUUUAUAUCAUAACGUAUAUUUUAAAAUGUGCUGAGAGAUACUGUAUUAUUUAUUACCAGUUUACAAUUUAAAUUCAUGCCAAACAUACAGUUUUUAUAGAUGAUUAACUGUAGGCCAUUAAAAUGUUUCAUUCUGUGUUUGUUACAGUGGCUGUUUAAAAAACAAACACCUCAUGUUUCUGCACUGCUCAAGUGAGUUGCAGUAUGGUUACUGUCUACAAUGCUUUGCAAGGCUGCUAAAGUGGCAGGCUCCUAUUUGCAAGGGAUAGCUCCUUAAACUUGCUUUCAUGAUGGCCCACCUUCACAGUGGGUUCAGUGAGUAAAACUGUAUGCCACUGGUGCCAUUCUUGGGGUCCUGAGUGCCUUCAGUAGGACUGAAGGCUUUACAGAUGUGCCUGAGUCAUCCUUAUGACUUCCUCAAUGGAGAAGACCUGUCUUGUGAACUCUUAGGUCACAGAAGUAAGUCUGGCAAGUGAACUUAAGGCUGUACCAAGACAAACUGUGGAGAACCUGGAUGUUGGGUAACUCUAGCCCUCUCAUAGGAAGUUGCUGUCAAGUUCAGGCCUGCAACUGGUAGUGGCUGGCAAUGUUCAAUACUUUCUGUGUCAUGUUGUAUCACCUGAAACGUUGUCUUUUUAUUCAUACCUCUCUAUCUUCUGUGUUCAGUCUUGAAUGUAUUUGAAUGUCCUUUCAGUUGAUGGCUUUGUAAAAGUGUAAGUACAAAAAAAUUUAUCUAAGUGUAUCAUGUAUAGAAUUGUACUUAAAGAUUCUUAAUAAUGUAAUUGCACUGCAGCUGCUUAUUACUGUUAUUUCUUCUGAAAUGUGUUAUCACUAGCAGUUUACAGAGACAGGAAAACAACACAAUACAAUACUUUAAUAACUUAUUUAUUUGCAAAGAUUAUAAGGUUUUUUGGGAUAUAGAUUCAGAUAUUUGUUUUAGAGAUUGUUAAUACUGUAGCACUGUAGAAAUUAUUCAUCAAUUAAAAGACAUGUUCUAAAGUA